UGUGUGUGAAAGUGCUCGUGCAGCCUGAAAACAGACUGAAUGAACUUCCUGCGCUUUUCGCUCCUUCAGCGAAGCAGAAGUAAACUUUGAUUUGUAAUCCGUUUGUUUUCCGUUCGCCUCAUGAUUUGAACGGCUGCGCUUCCCUCCGGUGGAAACCCUGUUUGUCCAGCUGGAAAUGAGGCUCCAGUGAGGGAGUGCGAGCCGAGCCGAGCCGAGCCGAGCCGAGCUGAGCCGUUUAAUGUGCUACACACAGAGAUAAUGAGGAGAUGACGCCGUUUCUGUGGAUUCUUCUGUUUUUACUGCGGGGCCGUGAAGGCACCUGUGCAAACGGUGUGUCGUUCACGAAGCACCCGACCAAUCAGACGGUGUCUCAGGGGAACGCGGCGCGGCUGGGCUGUGCGGUUCAGGGAGUGACGGAGCCCGACAUCGUGUGGAUGAAGGACGGAGAGAAACUGUACAGCACCGACCAGAUGUUCAUCACCCUGGGAGAGCAGCACUGGGAGACCUACCACAGUGUGAAGUCGGUCCAGCAGCAGGAUGCGGGGCAGUACUGGUGUGAGGUCGAGUUCCACGGCCUGACGUUCUCCUCUGAGCGAGCCUGGAUCACGGUGGAAGGUGUCCCCCACUUUGUCCAGGAGCCACAGGACGUGGCCACGUUCCCCAACGUUCCCUUCAACCUCACCUGUGAAGCCAUUGGCCCCCCGGAGCCCGUGGAGGUGCUGUGGUGGCUGGGCGGGAUCCAGGAGGGAGGCCCUAGACCGUCCCCCUCUGUCCUCCAUGUCCCAGGAGUGAACAGCAGUGUGAAGUUUUACUGUGAGGCGAAGAACGCCAGAGGAAUCUCAGUCUCCAGAACUGGAACAGUUCACAUUAAAGUGUUGCCAGCAGCUCCAGUUGGGCUGCAGGUUCAGAGGAUGGUGGACAACAAUGUCACGUUGUCAUGGAAACCAGGAUUCACUGGGCACUCUGAGCUGUCCAGCUGCAUCAUCCAGCUGUCGAGGCGUUCAGUCCGACGGGGUGACCUCCCUCAGCAGGAGGUUCUGGUUCCUCCUCACCUGCAGGUUCUGUCUGGUCUGAGGAGUCACUCUAACUACAGCGUCAGGGUGUCCUGUGUCAACGAGGUGGGACCGUCCCCCUUCUCCUCCUGGCUGCACUUCCAGACACCUGAGUCAGUGCCCUCGGAGGCCCCCAGGAACCUGACGUUUGAGCUGUCGGAGCAGCAGCUGACUCUGAACUGGGCCACACUGCAGGACGAGGAGCUGCAGGGCAGACUGCUGGCCUACAAGGUGCAGUGGACUCUGGGAGGAGAAGCUCAGGAGCCUCUGCUGUUUAAGGAGAACUCGGCUCAGCUGUCUGGAGGAGGACGUUUCUUUAACGCCUCUUUCCAGGUGUCAGCCUGUACCUCAGUGGGCUGUGGACCCUGGAGCCCUCCGGUUCUGGUGCUGCCCACCUCAGUGCAGGUCAAGGCCCAGCGGAGCCACAUGUGGGUCGGCCUGCUGCUCGGUCUGCUGGUGGCCACCGUGGUCGGACUGCUGCUCACUGUCCUCGCUCGCCGCCGUGGAAAAGAGACGCAGUUUGGGUCAGCCUUCAAGCCUCCAGGUCCUGAAAGUUCGGUUUCCUUCACGGCUGCUCGGUCCUUCAACAGAAGCUGUGCUGAGCUGCAGGAGUCGACACUGGACAGUCUUGGCAUUAAUGAUGACCUGAAGAACAAGCUGCAGGAUGUUCUGAUCCCAGAGAGGCUCCUAACACUGGGACACAUGCUGGGGAAAGGUGAGUUCGGCUCAGUGCGGGAGGCCUUCCUCAAGGCGGAGGACUCGUCCGUCCAAAAGGUGGCGGUCAAAGUGCUGAAAACUGACGUCACUUCGUCAGGUGACAUUGAGCAGUGUCUGAAGGAGGCGGCUUACAUGAAGGACUUCGACCAUCCCAAUGUUAUCCAGCUCAUUGGAGUGAGCCUUCACCGACGUCCUGGCCAGCGGCUGCCGAUCCCAAUGGUGGUCCUUCCGUUCAUGAAGCACGGAGACCUGCACACCUUCCUGCUGCUGUCCCGGCUGGGAGAUCAGCCUUUUGACCUGUCACUGCAGACACUGCUGCAGUUCAUGUUGGACAUAUCUCGGGGGAUGGAGUAUCUCAGCAGCAGGAACAUCAUCCACAGAGACCUCGCCGCCCGCAACUGCAUGCUGAAUGAGAACAUGAUGGUGUGUGUUGCAGACUUUGGUCUCUCUAAGAAGAUCUACAGUGGAGAUUAUUACCGGCAGGGUUCUGUCUCCAAGCUGCCUGUGAAGUGGAUCGCUCUGGAGAGUCUGGCUGACAACGUGUACACCACCCAGAGCGAUGUGUGGGCUUUUGGCGUGACGAUGUGGGAGAUCAUGACUCGAGGUCAGACUCCGUAUCCUGGCGUGGAGAACUCUGAGAUCUAUGAGUAUCUGAUCAAAGGAGAACGACUAAAGAAACCUCUGGACUGCAGAGACGACAUUUAUGAGAUCAUGCACAGCUGUUGGAGUCCCGUCCCUAAAUGUCGUCCCAGUUUCCAACAUCUGGUUGGUCAGCUGGAAGGACUGUGGCUCAACCUGUCCCCUGCCCCCCCAAUGAAAGAGCCUUUACUCUACGUCAACCUGGAGGGGGACGAGGGGGAGCCGGUCCGAGAGGGAGUCUGGGCCUUUGGGCCAGAGGAGACCACAGCAGCUGGGGCCUUGAACUGGAGCGUCCCCUGGCAGCACAGGCCGGAGGACGAGGAGAAGGACUGGCUGAUGGUGGGGUCCGGGGCCGCACUGGCCAUUGGAGGAGACUACAGAUACAUCAUUGGUCCCUGUGGAGCCCCCGAGGAGGACGAGGAGGAAGGAGUAGAAGGGAGAACAGUGAACACUUUACAGGGGGACGUCGGAGAGGACGAAGACGAUAUCGUCAUUAAUGUGUGAGUAGAGACUGACCAAUCACAGUGCUUCUCCUCCAUGUGAGUCAUCUGAUUGGAGAGAGGCGCUCACUUUACAGCACUGAGCAACAGCAGGCAGGUGGAAAGUGAAGGUACCCACUGGCUCAUAAAAGCACCAACACACACCAUCAGUACCCGUGAACCGUGUUCCAGCUCGUCCACUCCCUGAUGACGGCUCAGCUCCUCCCACAAACUGGACAUCUGACCUGCUAUAUGGGACAUAUUAGCCUAGCUUAGCACAAAAACUGGAAGUAGGAGGAAACUGUUAGCUCCUGUUGUAAUAAAAGACCAGCAGACAGUCUUACCUUCUGGCUGGGCUGAAGGUGGAUUAUGAGCCAUUUGUUUGCAGGGUUCUCUUUGGGUCUUGGAUGCAACAAGACGGGACAGAGACAAAGCCUUUGGUUUUAUUUCACAAGAUGCAAACUAAAAUAAAGUGCAGCUCAAAAAGAACAUCAACACAUUUAAAAAUUGCUGCAGCAGCUCAGGCUCAGGCACAAACUCCUGCUUGUCAUGUUGUAGUUUCUGCCCUGUCUUUGUGGUGGACCUGCUGCCCACUUUCAGACUGUGACUUGCUCUUGGACCAGUUUCAGUCAUUCUUCUCUACUGUUUGGUUCCAGCAGACAGAUGUGAUCCAGCCGUGACCUUCAAACAUUUAAAACUCAUCAGGUGGAAACAUCUGAGAGUUUAUUGGAUUUUUCCUGAUUUUUCCUUUCAGUUUGUUGAGGACUUUGUGUUGGUGAAAUGACUCGUUAACUAACAAACUCGAGAUGUGGUGACAGCUUAUAUUCAGUGUGUUCAUGUUUGACGAGGGUCCUCUGGUGUAACAGGCUCUAAUAUCUUGGACUUCUUCUGCUGCAGUUUCUUGUCACUCUGAGUCUGAUUGACUCUGACACGUCAAACUCUAACUGUUUCAGUGAACUGAGAGUCCCUACGAACUCCUAAACUCUGCAGCUGGAAAACCUGACACCACAGAAGACAGAAUUUACUGUCUGGACAUUUUAAAUUGAUGUGGUUAAUGUACCAACAGUAUCAUCACGCGAUCCCUCUGGAGGUUUCAGGCACACACUUUGGCCUUGGUCCACACACUGUCUUGAGACCAGACUGAUAACAGGUUCAGGAUCUGCACGGCAGCUGAUCCUCUGUAGACUGAAGCCAUGAGAUGUGGCUGAAAGCUCCAGGUCAAACCAGCUGGGUGAACUUUUACUGUCAGCAGGGAUGUUAGGUCUUUUCACAGACAAGAAACUUGACAGUAUUUUUGUUAAAUUCAACUUUAUUCAGCGUCACAUAAUGUCAUCUUUCCGUGGUUUUCAUAAGCAACAUUAAUCAGGGUUAAAAUCAGCGCAGCAAACACAGCUCUCCUUCAGAGGCACAACUAAAAUCAAUCAAUCAGUCGACUGAAAAUGAAUCUCUUACACAUAUGAGAUGAGUACCAGUAGAGCAGUCUGUCAGGUGGGGUUCUCCAUCUGGUGCAAGAACGAUCGAAUGUGGGCAUCAUUUGACUGGAGUUUCAGUACUGAAUUAUUUUGGUUUCGGCCUGACACUCUUUGAAAUAAGUGAUUCACAGCUUAAUUUACAUGAAUCUGGUACUUUUCUUUGCCUUUUAUGAAACUAAACUAAGAAUCAAUAACUGGUCUCCAGAUGAAGACUUUUGGACAUUUUUCACUGUUUUGAGGUUUAAAGUGAGACUGUGUAACGUCUGCGGACUGGUUCAUGUCAGACCCUGACCUAACAGGAGGACAAGAGCUGACUGCAGCCCAUCAGCGAUGCACCGUCUGGUAUUCCGCUAUCUGCUGAUGAAUUUUAAAAUGUUUUUUUUUCAUGUUUGGAGCAGAAACAAUUGUAUUUUUAUUUUUAUUUUUUUUUAUCUGUAGCAGCUCUAAUCACUGAUAUGACUGAUUCCAGCUUCUGUUCUCAGUUUUAUUUUCCUUGUUUAUGGUGGUAAACUAAAUGACUCUGGAGUUUGGACUGUUGGAUGGACAAAACAAGACAUCUGACAACUCGGACUCUGAGUUGGACUUUUUUCAUCAUUUUCUGGCAUUUCUAGGAUUAUAUUACAGCUGUGUGUUUGAUGGAAAAGUGCAAUAUCAACUGCAAGUCCUCAGUUGAUCUUAAGUUAAAAUCCAGUUUUGAAGCCUCAGUAUGGAACCAAUUUCCUGCCAGAACAUCACAAACAAAAUAUGUUGUACAAGUUCACUGACCAACAUCAACAAACUAAUACAUUUUGUUUCAAAUAUGUAAUUUGUAGGAGAUGAAUGUAAUAUAAAAAAUAUCUUGUGACUUUUAGCACAGCUUUUCUGCCAUGACUAUGCUCAGGAUUUUCUCACAAUAUCCUUAGCAGUUUGCCCUCCACAGCAGCAGAUGGCGACACAAGUCCUUUUAAAGAGUUGAGUGAGAUUUUAUGAUAAGGGGUAUGUUGCUGUUAGUAAAGUUCUUAGUUGAACUGACUCAUAGCACCACCUGCUGUUGGGAAGUACUCAGGACAUUUGUGAGAAAAUCCUGAGCAAAGUCAUGUGAUGUGUUGUCUUAGUGGGAUGUUUGUGAUUGUAAGACAUAUUAAUAUGUUGUCUUUCUCUUUGAUAGAUUUGUUUGGAUUGUUGUGUUGUUUGUAUUUGUAAAUCAUGUUAAUUUUUUGUCAGGAUACAGCAGGGGGUUGGGGGGGCCAACAGCACACGCUUGCCCCUGGGCCCUUGUAGUGGAUAAGUCAGGCCCUGACUGCUGUAUUAUUUUGUAAAUUGAAACUUUGCUGCUUUAAACCGACUCCCUUGCAGACUAACAAUGAAGUGAAGCUGUUUUUUUUUAACUACCUGAAGCGUCUCACUGCAAACAGCACUGCACGAUUUCCUUUAGAAGUUCACUGAUUUUUACACUAAACAACAUGCUGUACAUUUGAGACAGGUGUACUGUGAGGAUGUAACACUGUCUUUUAGAAACCUGGGAUGUUUUAUUGGACCUGGAGUUUACCUGUUUGUAUUUUGGUUGAGGCUGCAUAACUAAAAGAAUUUUCUGCUCUCAUGUUUGAACUAAACUUUGAUUUUGUUGGGAUGUCAAGGGACAGUAUGUUUUAACAUGUUAGAUAUUUUUUAUGUUGAUAUUUAAACAGAAAUCGACCUGAAUUUGUGUCACCUGAAUUUAUCCAUGACCAUACUUGAAGCUGACGUCUCCCACUGACUACAGAGCUGUACACACAGCCGAUGUGAGAUUCUUACAUGAAUAAAGUGUUACCUGCUUCA